AUGACUGAUAGAUUGGCUACUAGUGAUACAGAAAAUGGCAGUUCUCCUCUUAAACAUUUGGAUGAUACUGAUAGGCAGAUCCUUGAAUGGGCAGGAAAGCUUGAAAUGGAGUCCAUAGAUCUACGAGAAAAAGCAGGUGAUCUGUUGAGUGAGCUGCGGAAACGCUGUAACGAGCUCAAUGUGACUCAAAAAGGUAUUGUGGAUUGGAAGAACACUAUGAAUGAUGAAUUAACGUCCUUUAAAGAAGAAGUGCUAAGGGCCUUACAGGAUAAGCAUAAGGUGCUGCUAGGUGAAAUAAGGAAAACGCAGAACUCUGGCGGCUCGGGAUCACGUUCCAAGAGUACUGUGCAGUUGCCGCCGUUGUCCGCGGGAGAAAUGGACAAGUUCUCAUCUAGAAUCAUUAAAAGCUUUGAAACUAGGCAGAAUAGGUGGUUGAAGGAGUUCCAAUCGACACAGCAGGUACUGUAUAAUGUUACUGUUCAGAUGGAUCGAGUUACUGAGGUGCUAGGAAACAUGUCACGGGACUUGCAAAACUUAACAGAACGCCAAGUUACGUUAGAGCAGGAGCUUGUAAAUCAGAGGUAUGAGCAUAAUCAGCAUAAUUUAUCGACACCACCUCCAAGCUUCGUUGCUAGUCGUAAGCGUUCGGCUUCUCCCACACCUCGUGGUGUUACAUUGAGCAAGACAAGGGACAAAGUAAAUAAAACUCGAUACAUUAUUCCAUGGGAAGACAUAUCUGACCAGGAACUAUAG